GAGCUAUCGUCAGCAUCUCUCUCAUUACACUAACGUCUAUUAAUCCCAUAAGGUGAUUUUAAUAAGGGAUUUACAUAAAAAAAGGAUCCAAUACUGUCAGAUGCUACGUUGGUAUUGUCUGACCUGGGUCAUGGUGGUCGGGUCAAAGGACAUCACUGCUCUAAUUCGCUCGUCUGACCCCAAUGUCCAGAUAUUGGGUCAACCACAGCUAGACCCCAAUUUCCUGCCCGAAGUAGCAAUGGGUAAUCCAGAUACGAUUGCUAAUGACAUACCGGGACCAUCACUUAGCCCAGCUGACUUUGAGAACAGUGCACAAAUGGUACACGCUGCCGUCGACACAAGCCAUCAAGCUGACCCCAUCGAAUUGGCCGGGUUAUAUCAGGGCGACAUUAUUCUCAAUAGCAUGGAUGAAUAUAGCCUAUCAGACAUGUCUUUUAUGGGUCGAGGGAGGUCAGCUUUCCCUAACCCAAGGAACGCGAUAAUUAAGAUGACUCGUCGCUGGCCAAACGGUGUCAUUCCCUACGUUAUUUCAUCCUCCUACAAUUCACAUGAACGAGGGACCAUCGCCAUGGCUAUUAAGAAAUACCACGACACUACCUGCAUACGUCUAGUGCCCAGGACAAUUGAAAGAGACUAUAUUCAUAUAUUAAAGGGGGAUGGGUGUUCUAGCUCAGUUGGUCGUAUAGGUGGAGCUCAAGUUGUCUCCCUUGGCCCUGGGUGUCUGUACGUGGGUAUUGUCAUGCACGAACUGAUGCACGCCGCUGGUUUCUGGCACGAACAGUCACGUGCAGACCGGGACAACUUUAUCACGGUGAACAAGAUGAAUGUUCAGUCUGGGAUGUGGUAUAACUUUGAGAAAUAUCCCUGGGAACGUAUUCAGAGCCUUGGAGUCGAAUAUGAUUUGGGAUCGGUGAUGCAUUAUGGACCCUAUGCUUUCGCCAGAGACCGAACUAGACCGACUAUUAUACCCAGAAAGACCGGAGUGGAGAUCGGUCAACGGCGGGGCUUCUCUGAGAAAGAUAUACAAAAACUGCAAAAAUUAUACAACUGUGCGAACAAUGCGACAGAGACAGUAGUAACGACAGGUGCGCCUCUAACAACCUUAGCCCCAGAUAUUUGCGAAGAUAAUAACGAUCACUGUAACGCGUGGGUUGAUCUUGGUGAAUGUGAGAAGAAUCCUAUAUGGAUGAAUGUUAACUGUCGAAAGGCCUGCAAACAAUGUGGUAAGAAGUGCCGCGACAACAGCCCUUACUGCAGCUUUUGGGCUCAAGCUGGUGAGUGUACAGCUAAUGCCAGCUAUAUGACCAUCUUCUGUAAGCUGUCUUGUGUCCUCUGUGAUGACGCAGUUGUCACCGAAACGUGUGAGGAUAAACACAAGUACUGUCUCGCUUGGUCUGAGUCUGGCCAAUGCCGUACAAACCCAAAUUACAUGUUAUUGUACUGUAAACAGGCUUGUAAACAAUGUGUAAACAAUUUUGAGGUGGUGUAAACAUUGUAAACAAAGAAUAAUACGAGUUUAAUGGCUAUUUCUUGAUUCAAUUGAUUGUUUGAUAUUGUUUGUAUACCUGUACUGUCUAGGUAUAAUAUUAAGUAAUGUAAAUUUGUAUGGUAAUUUUCCUGAAUAAAUAA